ACAGGCCCUGCCAACCAGUGUUGCCAUAAAAACCACAUCCCUUCUUGCAAAGCAGCUCUGAUUGGUCCAGAUGGAUCCCACGCCGCUGGUUCAUCAUUCUUCACAGUAAAGAAGACAGCUGGAGGGAACCAGAAGAGAAACAAUAACCGGGACGCAUGCCAGAAACAGUUGCAGUACCACUGAAUUAAAGUAACAUUCAGUGUCUUCCCCCAAAUGCUUCUCCGUUUGAAGCGCAGUCCAGCCCAUCCCCCAGCUCCUCUUCAAGCCGUCAUUCUUCUGUGGACAGUGACCAUGCAACGUGAGAGUUCAUUGAUUUUCUCAAACCUCUGAAGUCUGGUGUGCUGGGCCUUCACUGAGAGCAUGGUCUAUAAGCGACCACAGUGUCAGAAGAGGAGCAGAACUGGUCAUUCACGCUCAUACCCACUGCUGAUUGGAUGGAGGAAAUGAGGAAAAGGCUCAUCAUUGAUAAUCAUGCAAUUUUUAAAGCAUUUUCUGGCAUAUUUUUGUAUAAUGUAAAGAAUUUGGCUCUUGUCCCCACACAAGGUGGAUUUAUAAACUUAAAAUCACUUUAUGUCUUAAAUUAAUAAUCUAUGCAUAUAUAACAAUGCACUUUUAAACUAAUGAUUUCAGUAAAUGUGAUAUGUUUUGGCUUCAGAGUGGAGAGUAAAGCAAAUAUUUGCUGACUGAAGUUGAUAAAUCUACUGUAAAUUAUUUUUUUAAAAACUGUGUGACCUAUUUGCCAUGUGACCAUCAGGGAUCAUCUAGCAAAUGCCAAAUGCUUAUCCCAAAUAAAACUUGGACAUGUGGAUAUAUAACAUAACAUAUUGUGUACUGUAAUUGUAUCUGUAUCCUAAAGUGACUGAUUUAUAGUCAAUGGUCCGUUAUGGGUCGUAUUUCUGUUUGAUAAUCAAUCAAGGGAACAAUGUGGGGUUCAUGCCAGAGUCUCAACCAUUUCUAAUAUGUGUACACUUGUGUACAGCUGCGCCAUUUUAGGUAAUGGUUAACGUUAUCCUACCCAGCACUCCCGAUAAUAUAAAGCAGGUUACGCGAAGUAAAGCAGGAAACCUCCUCACCAUCUGAACCAGAGCGCAUUACGCACCCGUCCAUACACACAGGCCGUUUGACGCCGGGGAGGUUACUUGCAGAACCUGCAGACUUCAGUUUAGACAUUUAUGUGAUACGAGAUUUAAGAAAUGGCAGAUAAGGAGCUUUUCAGGGUGAGGAGUAAGUUUGUGGAAAAGGUGUCCAAAGAUCUGAUCAAACAGCUCCUGGACGACAUUUUAGCUGACUGUAUUGUAAACGAUGGAGAGAGAGACUCAAUUAUUGAGGAGAACGUUAACAGAGCUGACAGAGCACGUGAUCUCCUUGACACGGUGAAGAGGAAAGGAGACGUAGCCAGCAGGAAGUUCAUCGCUCACAUUCAACGCAGAGACCUUACUCUUUACUCUGAACUGGGUCUGGCUGAACAGCCUGCUCCACCAGGUGAACAUAUUUCAGCUGCAGAGACCCAGAUGGAUCAGGAAUGGUCGACCACGCUCAUCCCUACCACAGAGAAAUUCUGGAUGGAGAAACAAAGCGAUAAAAAAGUUUACCCUGUUUCCAAAACAGCUUUCAGGAAUCGUGUGGCCCUUCUCAUCACUAAUAUAACAUUUACUAAUGAGAAAUACAACAGAAAGGGAGCUGAGAAAGAUCAGGAGAACAUGGAGAAACUUCUCAAAGCUCUGGGAUAUGAUGUGGUGAAACGAACAAACCUCACAGCAAAGGAAAUUGACGCUGCCAUGAUUGAGUUCUCCAAAAAUCCGAAACUCAGGGAGACUGACAGUGUGUUGGUGGUUAUCAUGUCGCACGGGAAACUGGGAGCUGUCCUUGGUGUGAACUACGCAGAGGAUAAUCCAGAUGAGUUCCCCAUCAACAACAUUUACGAACAUUUGGGCUCAGAGAAAUGUCCAGCACUGCUGAACAAGCCCAAGAUCAUCAUCAUCCAGGCCUGCAGAGGAAAUGCGGGAGGAGCAGUACUUGUUAGUGAUAGUGUCAAACCAGCUGUGCUCUGUGAUGAUGUGAAUCAGCUGGAGCUGUCUGCUGGUGAAGAAAACAUAGAGGAUGAUACCUUGCAUUUCGUACACAAAGAAAAAGACUUCAUUUCUCUUCUCUCCAGCACCCCCGAUACUGUCUCAUACAGACAACCAGAUCGUGGGUGUUUUCUUAUCCAGUAUAUUGUUGACGUAAUCAACACCUCCGCGCAUGUAGAUGACAUCGAAGAACUUUUCAGAACAGUACGUUUUCUAAGUGCAAACUGUCCUCUGGGUCAUGCAACGCUUUGAAGACUUUCCUGUUCCGAACAAAAGACAGAUGCCAACCAAAGACAGAUGCACUUUAACAAAGCGCUUCUACUUCUUCCCAGGCCUCUGAGACAAGAUUUGCUGGUGUUUAACCACAGACGUGUAACCAAAUUCAAAACAACACUUUAUGAUAUGUUCUUGUUUGUAAUAAUUUUGUCUAGGUUUUAAACUUCAAAUAAAAAUUUCAGUAUGCCAUGUUUAAAUAAUGUGACACCUAUUCAGCACAUGUUUUAAAGUCAUCAUAUUUUAUGAAUAACAUGUUUUUUAUGAACACACUGUUUGCUCCAUCUGUCGGUGUAAGAAUGAGUAGAUACAGAACAGAAUGAGGUAUGAUAUGUGAAUUUUAACAUAAACAUUGUAGAAAAUAUAAAUGUAGAAAAAAUAAAAACUGAAAACUAA